AUGCUUGCCUCACGAGUUGCCAAGCCCAAGUUGUCUUUGAGCAUCUCCACUGCCAACGCUUCUCAAGCUACCAGACCAGCCAUGUCUCUCAAAUCACCCGUGGCACCCCUGAGAUCACCUAUCUCUCCUUCACCCAUCAGCCCAACGGCCCGGAACACUCGACUCAACCAACGGGGCUAUUCGACCAUGCAACAGCCAACAUAUGCAUAUAUCAACUCCAGUGCGUCAAGAAGUAUUUUGAAAAAGACCUCUCAACCCUCGGCCACACGACGACAGCUGUCUUUCUCCGACACCCCUGUCGUAUAUUGUGUGACUCCAAUUGAGGAUGAGGACUACUACGGUACGCACGUCAAGAUGUCGAAGGAGGAGCGACGAUGGCUCCGGAGAUGA